AUGCUCAAACGACCGCCCACGACACUAACCCUUACGUCCGAGGAUAUCUCUGUGUACGAGGACAAGCGCAGCCGCGAGGCUGCAGUACGACGAACCAAUCAGCCCCAAUUCGCCCCGACCGCCGCCGCCAGCUUCCAACAACAAAGCCCGUACGCGCGACCCCAGCGCCGGACCAUACUCGACCCUCCGCCGCAGCAGGCGACUUCAUCCUCGUCCGCCCUCACGCCAGUGGGACCUUCGACAGGAGGAGGAGGAUGGACCGAGCCUGCCACUGAGCAGGAUCUGCGAAACUUUGCAGCCCAGCAGCGGCACCAUGUCCAACAACAGCAACAUCUACAACAGCAGCAACGGCGACAACAACAGCAGCAACAGGAGCAGCAGCAGCGUUACACGCGCAGUGGCGGCGCACAUUUUACACCGGUCAACAGAGGAGGCAGUGCCGGUCCGUCGGCGCACGAGACACCGUCCAAUGGAGCAGCGGGCGCAGGUUUUGGGGCCGCCGCAGCAGCCACAGGCGACGACAGCGACUUCCCAACGGCAGCGCUCUCCUCGCCGCCCGAGGCUCCGGCCCUACUACUACCGUCGUCGUCGGACGUGGAGAAAGACGAUGAUGGCGAUGACGACGAAGAAGAUGAUGAUGGCGACGAGUCCCCCGAGGACGAGGAAAUGGUCGACUACGAUACGCCCGGCCAAAUGCAGUCAUUGCCGCGGUCCGCGAGGCCGGCCUCGUAUCACCAGGCCCAGGCCCAGAGGCAACAGCAGCAACAGGCACAACAACAGCGCCGUCUUCAUCACCACCACCAACAGCAGCAACACGAACAUUAUGCCCAACAGCCUCCUUCCAACGUGAGUUCCAGCUUCACGACGCCAGUGAAUAGCGCAUCCGCGCCGCCUCUAGGAGGAGGACCGCCGCCGCCGCCCCAACAGCACACGCCCGUGCCGAGUAAUCACCACUCCACGGCGGGCGCGAGCCAGAUUCCACAGGCGCCCUUGCGCAGGACACAUGGACGGACCGUAAGCGCGAGCGCGAGGCCGGGCAGUGGUCGCGGCGCCACGAGUGAAGCCCAGCAGCAUGCAGCAGCAGCAGCACCGCCAGCGGCGCCGAUGCGUGUUACACGGAGUCGCGAUGAGAGACUUGGAACGGGCACUAGAAGACCAGGUCGGUGA